UUGAUUGUAUACCUUAUAUUUGUAUGUUUUCACAUUUGAAUACUGAAAAGAGUUAAAGUUACAUCGCAGAACGAAAUGGAACCUUGCCCACGUAUCACUUUCUAGAAUGCACGUGAUAGAUCUAGUCUGUUGAUGACGUCCUCAGGGGGGGAAGGCGUCAAAGGAGGAGUCAGCAUUGAGGUUAUAUAAAGCCCCAGACCGAUACUUGUUUGCCACCUUCCACGCACAUCCUAUCAGGCGUAUCCCCCCCUCGACCGUCCUCUGCGGCUUGUGAAGCAGUGGGUCAAAAACAACGACGCUAACACUGGAGCUGUAAAAUUAACAACGGGGGCUCCCGUUUAAAGCGCCGCAGCAAGCUGACCAGCCAGCGCAGUGUGAUCACUUCACGACUCUCUCUGAAACCACUCACUGUUUCGGAGAAGUUGGACUUGAUAUCCCAAAAUAUAUAAAACCACUGCAGCAGCCGCCGCACAUCCAACCUAAAAAACACCCCCAAAAUCGAAGCAAAAUGGUUCAAAAUAAGAUAACCGAGGUGACUGGAUUCCACCGCUCUUUCAAGGGCCAAAAUCCCUUUGAAUCCGAUGACUUCACUAAAAAUGGAUCCCAUCUUAUUGAUUCGUCUUUUAAUUUUGAUUCCUCCCCAAGACAUGACAUGCCCUCCAGCCAGCCUAUCGACAUCCCCGACGCCAAGAAGAGAAACAAGAAGAAAAAGCGUUGCAGGGCAACCGACAGCUUCUCUGGACGAUUCGAGGAUGUCUACAGACUGCAGGAAGAGGUAUUAGGAGAGGGCGCGUAUGCCAGAGUGCAAACAUGCAUCAACCUCAUCACCAACAAAGAGUAUGCUGUUAAGAUCAUCGAGAAAAGACCAGGCCACAGCCGCAGCCGUGUCUUCCGUGAGGUUGAGAUGCUCUACCAGUGUCAGGGCCACAGUAAUAUCCUGGAGCUGGUGGAGUUCUUUGAAGAGGAAGACAAAUUCUACCUGGUGUUUGAAAAGCUCAGGGGAGGGUCGAUCUUGGCACACAUUCACAAGAGACGCCACUUCAGCGAGCUGGAAGCCAGUGUGGUCGUGCAGGACAUUGCCAGCGCUUUGGAUUUCUUGCAUAACAAGGGAAUGGCACAUAGAGAUCUGAAACCUGAGAACAUUCUCUGUAAGAGUGCAGACAAGAUUUCCCCAGUCAAGAUCUGUGACUUUGACUUGGGCAGUGGAAUCAAGCUGAACAGCGACAGCUCACCCAUCUCCACCCCUGAGCUCCUCACUCCUUGUGGCUCAGCAGAAUAUAUGGCACCUGAGGUGGUCGAGGCCUUCAGUGAGGAGGCCACAAUUUACGACAAGCGCUGUGAUCUGUGGAGCCUUGGAGUCAUCCUCUACAUCAUGCUGAGUGGCUACCCUCCCUUUGUAGGCCGCUGUGGUGGCAACUGUGGCUGGGAACUAGGGGAACCAUGCCACACCUGCCAGAACACUUUGUUCGAGAGUAUUCAGGAAGGAAAAUACGAGUUCCCAGAGAAAGACUGGGCUCACAUCUCCUCAAGUGCCAAAGACCUUAUAUCCAAACUUCUGGUUCGGGACGCCAAAAACCGCCUGAGUGCCAGGGAGGUGCUGCAGCACCCCUGGGUGCAGGGGGGUGCAUUCGACACUUUGCCAACAUCAAUCCUGCAUCAAAGAACCAGCAAUGCCAGGGAUCUGACUUUCUUUGCUGGCAAAGCCAUGGCUGUGAACCGGCAGCUGGCUGAACAGGAUGACAUGGAAGACCAGCAGCAGCAGGAAGUCCCGUUUGUUGUGACCGCUGAUCGCUCUUCUAUGCGCCUUUCUCCUCCUUCCAACUCCAAGCUGGCCAAGCGCAGGCAGCGGAGCAACCAGCCCAAGGGAGGGCCUGUCUCUGCUGCGGAGCUGCGGCAGCUUUUGGCCCCUCUUGUUAUCGUGGGAGACUGUGCCUGAACUUUGUCAACCCUAACCUCCGACCUUCCGUUAGAAUUCAAGACCAGACUGCCCUGAGACUCUCCUUCUCCGACUCUGGCCCCUCUCCCUGAUUCUCGCUGGCCCCGGUUCCUCUGCCAUUCAGGCUUUUUUGCCUCGCUGAACGGGACGAUGUUACUCACAUCCCCCCUCUCUAAAUGCCUUCUGCCCUUCUGCAGCACUUCUGAAGCACAUCAGCCCGGGGCCAGCAUAUAGCAAACACACACGCAUGUGUAUGUCAGGGUCUGGGAGGAGGGCCAGUUCAUGAUUCGGGAGAGAGAAAGAGAGAGAAGUAUUUUCUAAGUUAUUUUCUUUUUUCCAUGAAACUUAGUUCAGAAGAAAUCCGAACAUUUAUCUUUUUCGAAACUAAGCUCAGACACCAAAGGACAACCUGUUGUGCUGCUCCCAUGUUACAACUGGACCCACUGUGAAUUAAGUUAUCUGGAAUGUUCUCUUUGCCUGUAUGUAUAUGCAUGAAUGGCCCCUCUGCAGAUACGUACAAGCUUAUGCAAUAUGCCAAGGUGAAGGCCGAUUCUGUCUCCUAGGGAUUCAGUAGAAGGGUUUGGAAGGGCUUUAAGCCAAUGCUGUCCGUGCCUGGUGCAGUCCAUUAUGUGGCUGGGGACUUCAAAGAUUUUUUUUUUCUUCUUCUCAAUUUAAGAUGAAUUCCUCAACACUGAGCCUCUUCUGUAAAAUGUCUGAGAUAAAACAAGCCUCUAGCUUGGUGGCCACGCACUUACUGCUCAUGCUUAGAGCAAGGGAUGAUUGUCAGUACCCAGUUUAUGAACAUGGAACCAAAUUAUCCAAAAACUUCAGAGACUUCAGACCAUCAGGCGAGUCUGAUAGUGACGACUUCAACUUGAUGUAUGAUGCAGCGCCACCUCCAAACCAGACAUCUGACGUUUCUCUGAAGUUUAUUUGUUCAAGCUAAUUGUUAAAUUUUGAGGCAAUCUAAAGUGGGUCAGUGUUCCUUUCAUUGUAAAGAAUUCAUGACAUGUCCCCUUGCCACAAACAGAACUUGUAUUUUUUUUUUUUUUACCUACAAGUCAGUUUUUUGCAUUCGAUUGAUCCUUGAGUAUUCUGGCAGUAAAGGUUACGACUCCUCUCAGGGGUUUGAAAAGCACAUUUUUUGGCUAACGUGACCCCGAGUGUCGAUUUAUUGAUUGAAUACAUUCAUUUGGACCAUCCUUUUUUUUUUCUGUCUUGUUUUUGAUGUUGCCCCCCCCUUUCUAAAAAUGAGUAAAUUCUCCAAACAAACGAAGAGGCAGGCGAGACUUUCAAAAACAAAAAAAAUAAAAACAUUAAAAAAGGAAAAACAUUCCACAAAAAGAAAAACAACAAAAAAAGUCUUCCACGAACGUGUAGCUGUAUUAAGUUUACUUUAUCUUCAUGUUUGAAAACUCCAUGUCGACGUGCCACACUGAUUUCUUCCCCCCCCUUUUCUUUUUGUAUGGCUGUUAAUAAGCUUUUAUUUUCUACAUGGUGAUUUUCAUGCAGGUGCUGUUCAGUUCAGGUGAAACACCGGAUGUUUUCCUUUUGAUUUUUUUUUUAAUGUUUUGUGUUUUUAAAAGUUGAAAGUAUGUGGUGUGAGAGGUUGGGAAGUUGAGUCGAUCUGGAGCGUUCGUGCCCGGUGACGGCGAGUUUUUUUAGUUUUAUUUUUUUAUGUGUAAGAGUUGGCAAUAAUCUCUUUUUUUGUUGUUGCUCAGAUUAAGUUCAUUAAGCUCAUCUGAAACUGACAGGUAAUGGACUUGGUGAUGAGGUCUCACAACACUGUAGCCAUUUCACCAAAGAGAGGGUUCAAGUCGUAACGUCGAACGUGUGAUCCAUCACCUGGCAGUGAGAAGUGAGGACUUCUGAUUGUCCAUGUCCUGUUGCCAGCACUGCAGCGACGGUACUCUCUAAUAAGUGGCGUCAAAGGACCCAUUAUGCUGAUAAUAGGACACUGUAAUAGUUCUGAAUACCUUUCUACAGAUGCAUCGUUAUGGGGUUUUAUGUCUUAUAAUAAGACUUACUUGAAUUUGUGUAUGCAGCUGUUUCUUCUCCACUUGGGAAACUACUUUGCUAUCAGUAAUCUCAAAGCAUUAAGCUGAGGAUCAAGGCAAUCUUUGGGUUUUGAAAAUACCAAUACAGUUCAGUAUUCUGCCUUUUUCUCCUUUUUGAGCAUCAGACAAGUUAGUCCCUACUUUUUGAUAGGGUUGGAUACUCAGAAGCGCACAGACUUUGGCCAUACUCUGUAACAUCCUUCACGGUGUUAGGAGAGUCUCUUGGUCAUGACCAUUUCUACUUUUGUCACGCGGCAGUAGCUUUUUCUGACUGCCUUUUAUUGGGGGUGGGGGCGGGGGACUACAUGACCUCUUUAAGCCCCGCUGUUUUUGUAUUGUCAGUCAUUUUGAAGUAAGGAAGUGUUAAAUUCACUGAUUCAUUCAAAUGGACAGUCCAUCAUCAUCACCAUCAUCAUCAUCAUCAUCCUCCCCACAAUUUGAAUGUAGCCCGCAGGCAAAAGCAUUUACAAUCCAGCAACAUUGAUCAAAUGUUUUAACGUCUGUCUCGUGGACACGGCGAGGGGUCGAGGGAGUAUUUCUGUCCACGUCAAUACAGUUCUUUUAUCUGGAGAGUUGACGUCUGAGUAACACUGUCUGAAUCCCCCCCGACCGAGCCCGGCGUGUCCACGAGAAGAAAUCUGAAAUACAUACAUCCUUUAAAAUACAGAAACUAUUUUGAUUUAAAAUAAGCACUUUACUGUACCAUGUGAAUGAUUGCAGUUCAUUCAAGCAACAGUUCCGACAGUUGCAACAGAAUUUUGUAUUGUUUUUCUAAAAAAAAAAAAUGCAAUAAAAUGCUUUGACCUACA